AUGAAAUUAGAGUUGCCCCGUUUUGAUGGCAAUGAUCCGUAUGGUUGGACAUUUAGGGUGCAGGAGUAUUUUGACUUUCACGAGACUGCUGACGAGCAACGAAUGCGAAUUGUAUCCUUCAAUAUGGAAGGAAAAGCAUCAGACUGGUAUCAAUGGAUGAAGGUUAAUAAACGGCUGACCACAUGGAAGGAGUUCUUGAUUCAAAUUAAAAUGCGAUUCGGGCCAUCUCAAUUUGAAGACCCUACAGGAAAAUUAGCUAAAUUAAUGCAAAAGGGUAAUGUUGAAGAUUAUCAGGCCGAAUUUGAAACUCUGAUGAACAAGGUGGAAGGAGUAACUGAGCAGAUUUUAAUCUCCAUUUUCAUUGCGGGUUUGAAGAAUGAAAUUCAACAAGAUUUGUUGGUUGCUCGACCGACUACCUUAGAUGAGGCCUUUAGUCUUUCCAGGUUGUUCGAGUCACGACAAACAACACGCCAUUUAGAGCAACGAGUCACGACGAGAUGGCCGGGCCAAAAUUCCAAUGGACAAGUUGCUGGUGCUAAUGUGGGGGGAGAGAAAAGCAUAAGUCAGUGUCUAGCAAGUCAAAUACAAAAGGCAGAACGAGUAGGUGCUAAAUUCAAACGACUUACUUCGGCCGAGAUGCGCGAUAAACGUGCUCGAGGUGAGUGUUUUAAUUGUGAUCAAAAGUGGACUGCCAGUCAUAAGUGUACUAGACAAUUCUUACUCAUGAUCGAAUAUCCCGACGAGGAAGAAGAAAACCUCGAGAGUGAUGGGGAAGGCGGGGUCAUAACCGGAGAUGUAUCAAGUUUGCAAACUUUGGCGGGAGCAGGCAAUCCUCGUUCACUUAGGAUGUGGGGUCGAACUAGUAAUACCCAGGUUCACGUAUUAAUCGACAGUGGGAGCACCCAUAACUUCAUGCACCCGGAUGUGGCUGAAAGGCUACAACUUCCGCUGGAGUUGGUGACCCCAUUUAGGGUUUACAUUGGCAAUGGGGACUCAAUGUCGUGCAGGAGUUUUUGUCCACCGGUCAAGCUUGAGCUGCAAGGGGCCGAAUUUAUUAUUGAUCUUUUAUUUUGCCGAUCCAUGGGCCGGAAAUUGUAUUGGGAGUUCCUUGGUUGCAAAAGUUAG